AACCUGUCUGGCCCGAAGCUCCUGUAGCGGCGUAACUUCAGAGUUAAUGCUGUGGGUUUCGUGACAGCUCGACUGGCACGACCAGCGGACUUCAAGGGCUGGAACACCUGUUUUCGCGAACGAAAGCCACGACAACAGAGCCAAGAUGUUGAACAUGUGGAAAGUGAGGGAUCUGGUUGAUAAAGCAACCAAUGUUGUGAUGAACUACACAGAAAUUGAGUCUAAAGUUCGAGAAGCUACAAACGACGACCCAUGGGGGCCUUCUGGACAGUUAAUGGGGGAAAUUGCCAGAGCCACGUUCAUGUACGAGCAGUUUCCAGAGGUCAUGAACAUGCUGUGGACCAGAAUGCUGAAAGACAACAAGAAGAAUUGGAGAAGAGUUUACAAGUCUUUAUUGCUGUUGGCAUACCUGGUCAGAAACGGAUCUGAACGGGUGGUCACCAGCGCAAGAGAGCAUCUCUAUGACCUGCGUUCUAUCGAGAGCUAUCAUUAUGUAGACGAAAAUGGGAAGGAUCAGGGCAUCAAUGUGCGUCAGAAGGUGAAGGAGAUGAUAGAACUUGUCCAGGAUGACGACAGAUUGAGGGAGGAGAGGAAGAAGGCGAAGAAAAACAGGGACAAAUACAUCGGAGUGUCUUCUGACAGCAUGUCGGGUUACAGAUACUCGGAGGAUAAGUUUGAUUUCAAAGAAUCUCGCUCUAAAUGGGAUGAAGACUGGGACAAGAGCAAGGGGCCGUUCCCUUUCAGUGAGACACUGGGAGAGAUCAGCGAUAAGAUUGGAAGCACCAUUGAUGACACCAUCAACAUGUUCCGCAAAAAAGAUAGGGACGAUUCACCUGACAGAUUCAGUGAGGGAGAUGAGGACAGAGGUCGGGGAGCACGAAACGGGGAGUCGAGAAAAACAGAAUUCAAAGAUAAUGAAGAGACCGUGACAACCAAAAGCGUUCAGAUCGUCCAGGCCACAGAGACCACUGCCACUCGAAAAAGAGGAGGCGUCCCCUCCAAAACAAUAGAUCUGGGAGCAGCUGCACGUUACAUUGGCGAUAAACCCUCCACCCAGGCAAACCCCAGCCAGACAACAUCGGCAGUGAGCCAGCCAAGUUCUGGUCUGGUGGACUUGUUCUCUGCAGAUCCUGCACCUGCUAAGCCAGCCUCCAAAGAUUUAAGCUCUGAUCUGAUUGGAGGGUUUGCCGAUUUUUCGUCUCCUGCAGCUGCGGCUAGUCUUCCAUCAUCCACUGCCCCGGCAUCUAGUGGAAACGGAGACUUUGGGAAUUGGAACGCCUUUUCUUCUGCCCAGCCAACCGCGCCUGCAGCUCAGCCUGUUAACCCUUCAGGAAUAGAUCUUUUCUCAGGUCUCCAGGCCGCUCCUGCUCCUACUCCUGUCUCCACAGCACCCUCCGCUGACCUCUUUGACCUAAUGGGCUCCUCUCAGAGCACUAGCUUCAGCACAUCCCAAAGCAUGAACUUCUCCAUGACCAACUCUCAGACCAUGGGUCUGCCAAUGUCCAAAUCUCAGACUAUAGGUGACCCACUGGUGCCCCAACAACCAGUAGGCCAGCAGCCCAGUCCCAAAGCCUCUAUGCCAUCAACUUGGUCCAAUUCUAUUGUAGACAUAAGCCUAGACUACCUCGGCCCCGGCAUGCACCCACCCAAACCUUCUCAGCCGACACUCAGCAUGAUGCAGCAAGGAGUUCAGACUCCAGUCAACAUGAUGACUCAGGGUUUCGCUGGAAUGAACCUGGGCAUGCAGGCCACCCCGACAACGGUCAGACCACCCGCCAACACCAUGAUGGGAGGUAUGAACAUGGGUAUGCAGCCUGGUAUGGCAGGUGGUGCUAUGUGCAUGCCAGCCAUGGGAGGAAUGCCACUCAAUCAGGGCAUGAUGGGAAUGAAUAUGAACAUGGGCAUGUCUACAGCUGCCAUGGGCAUGACAGGAAACAUGGGCACAGGAAUGCAAGUCAUGGGGAUGAGUGGGGCCGUGGGACAACCUAAGCAAGAUGCCUUUGCAGAUUUUGCCAACUUUGGGAAAUGAAUGGGUGAGAGUAUUAGGUAAACACAUCCUUCUGCGAUACGACCCUGAAGAAGCAAUGAAGAGCUAGAAUACAAAGACUACCUGAAGAUGUCAAAUAAAACCACGCAGGAAAUGUUUGUUUAAAUGGUAAUGAUGUACAACUGGAUGAUUUUGUUAUUUUCUAUGUUCUUCUGUUCAGCUGUACCAAGGAGCCCUGUUGAGGGCGGUUGGUUAGUUCUGAUAAUCAUGUCGGUCAUUGCACAUGCACAUCCCACACUUCUAUGACGUUGGGAUUUCGCUUUAAGUAAAAACAAGCCUUACUGUAGGAUUGGUUGAAGAAAUGUAAUAAUGAAUUUCUUUGGUUGACUGUAGACUUCAACCCACUUACACAACUUAUUGAAUUAACCCAGAAUGUACUUGGGUUCCUAUGCUAUAGAAAGGUCCUAAUGAUGAGUUUAUAGUAUGCCUUCCCUAUAUGCCUUAAAAUUACAAUAUGUAAAUAUAUUUGCACACGGACAAUAAAUUAUUGAGAUUAUUAACAAAUUAUGCUGGUGAGGAUUUUUGUGUGGAGUAAAGCCUCUAAUCACUUGCCAUUUUGUAUUUGAUUUUUAUUAAGAAACAUUUUCUGAAGUAAAAUGAAGAAACAUAUACAAUGACAAUUACAAAUGAAAACCAUUGUGGCCUUUUUGAAUGGUUUGUCUAUACUUUUUGAAUAGAAAUCAGAUCUACUUUGCAUCUUUAUGAAAGUGCAAAGUCUAAGUCAUAAGAACACAUUGUGCCUAUCCGUCUGUUGCCUCUAUUUUCCUAAAUAUUUCAUCAGACAAUAUGAAAAGAACAGUAUUUCCUAAAAGUACUGUUAUAGAUACACAUCUAGUGACGUAUAUAUAUAUGCGCACACUUUUUUUAUGUUUUUGCAUGAUUAAGUUAUAAGGAAGAGUUUGGAUGACUAAGAGGAUUUUUAUAUACAUUUGAACCUGAUAUGGGUUCGUAUUUUAUACACGUCUGCUCAUGCUGAGUGUAUAGUCUGUGUAACCAGUGAAUUUUGCGCAGGUAUAGCACUGUGAGUUUGAUGCUGUAUCUAGAGGACCAUCACUGUAUUGUCCCUGAUGCCUUCACCCGUUCUGUGGGUUUUUACACACAGAAUGACCAAAUUCUUCCUUUUUUCCUUUUGAAGGUAUGGAUUAUAUGUUUGUAGUCAGGUCUGUAGGAUCUCAACAAUUCAGUUGGUUAUGGGUUAGGGAAUAUUAUUGGAAACACUAUAUGUUUAUGCAAAUCUACGGCAAGCAACAAAAAAUCUUCCAUUGAGAAUGUUUAAUGUUUUCCAUUUCUUACAAUGACUUGAUUGUACUUAUGAUCUUUUAUGAAUGACAAUAAAGAGUUGAUUUCCA